AUGGCUCCGGCUGCGGCUCCAUCGAGUUCCUUUGUUCCGAGUCACUGUGAAGCUCCGAGCUUCGAAGGGUUCGAAGGGAACGGAGCCAAUGGAGCCAAUGGAGCCUGGCAGGCACCACCGACCACGAAUUCAGAAAGGGCCUGUAGAGAUCCAGGACGAAAUUGGGCGCAAAGCUUUCCAUGGGAUGCUUCAGUGAAUGCAGCGCUUCCAAAGUUUGGCGUGCCUGCUUUCCGACCACAGCAGAGGGAGGCAAUCAAUGCAUGUUUGGCUGGAAAGGACGUGUUUGUCCGGAUGCCAACUGGAGGAGGAAAAUCCUUGGUCUACCAGAUUCCUGCAGUGGUGAAGCCGUUGGUGGUGGUCAUCAGUCCCCUUCUUUCCCUGAUUCAGGAUCAAGUCCAAGAGCUGAUUCAACUGGGUAUCGGGGCCUCCGCUGUCCGGUCGCGCUCCGACGACUCUGGGGAAGAUGUCCGCACGGUAACUCAGCGCAUGCUGACGGGACAGCUGCAGAUCGUUUAUGUCACCCCUGAGAUGAUUCACCAAAGUGGUGCCUUUCAGAAAGCACUCAGAAGCCUUUAUGCAGAGGGAGGUUUGCAGAGAUUUGUGAUUGAUGAAGUGCAUUGUUUGAGUAUUUGGGGCAAUGAAUUCCGGGAUAGCUAUUUGCAGCUCAAAAACCUCAAGGCAUCGUUUCCCAGUGUGCCUAUUUUGGUUUGCAGUGCCACGGCAACGGAGGAGAUCAUACAGAACGUCUUGACGCAGCUCAACAUGGCACAGGACACCAUUUUCUUGUCGCCGGUGGAUCGACCCAACUUAGAAUUCAAGGUGCUGCCCAAGAGCAAACGGAGCAUCAUGAAGGAGAUUGGCGAGUUGAUCCACACCCGAUUUCGAGGUGAAUCUGGGAUCAUCUACUGCCUCAGCAAACAAAAUUGUGAGGACGUGCAGCAGGAGCUCAGCAGGAUGCAGAUCCGUGCGGAGGUGUAUCAUGCCCAAGUGGCAGCUCAUCAACGUGCGGCUGUGCAGCAGCGUUGGAAGGCUGGGGAGACUCCGAUCAUCGUCGCAACCAUUGCCUUUGGCAUGGGCGUGAACAAGCGAGAUGUACGCUUCGUGAUUCAUCACUCAUUUCCCAAGUCACUGGAAGGCUACUACCAGGAAGCAGGGCGUGCUGGCAGAGAUGGCCGUCCUGCCACCUCCAUCAUUUUCUAUGACUACGAGGACAAGAAGCGGCACCAGAAUAUGGCGCUCAGUGACAUGAACCAGGCACCGGAGCACACCGAGAGGAGCUUGCAACGUUUGCUGCAGAUGGUGGCUUAUUGUGAAGAGAAUUUCCAAUGUCGCCGGGCCUUCAUCAUCAAUUACUUCGAUGAGACACGACGGGUACAACAUGUGACCCAGCAACGCUGUCAACCUCCAGCUGCCAUUUGCGACAUUUGUCAAGCCAUGGCAGCCAGGUCGAGCGGGUCGAGCGGGUCGACGGCCGAGCUUCAGCAGAUCGAUGUGGUCUACGAAGCACAACUUGCGGUGCAAUUGCUUCGAGCUGCGCGACAGCACUUGGUUCGUGAGAAAGGUGAUGCUCCGGUGACGUUGCAUUCGGUGAAGGAUGCCUUAUUGGGAUCCAAAGCACAACGAAUGGCUUCGUGGCAAAAUUUGCCUGGUUUUGGUGGCUUACAUGGCUGGACAGAGGCAGAUGUUCUGAGACUUUUGCGUAAGCUGAUUGUGAAGUCAAUCCUAGCAGAAGAAAUUACCACCCCAGGUGGGGCAGCUGGUUGCGUCACAGUAGCCUACUUGAUAGAGGGUCGCUACAGUGAGUCAAUCAUCUACGGUGAGAUUCCAGUGCAGCUCUGUCUAGAAGGCAAGAUGCAGAAGCCGCAGAAGCCACAGCCCAAAAGUGGAGUCAAACGAAAGUUGCAGAGUCCCAACGCUGAAACUUGCAACGAAACACCGCGAAACCGGAAUCGACGAUUGUCCAAAACUCAGAUUCGUGCAGCACAGCAGCGACAACUUCAAAGAGAAAGACCCUGCAGAGAACAAGUAGAGAGCACGAUGCAGCAAAGUCAAUAUCUGAAUGGCAUACCAUCAUCUCAUCAAAGCUUUGAACAAACACAGUACCAGCAGUCGCAACACCUACCAGCUGGGAUGGCAUUUGGCCACUCACAGCAGCAGAACUUUGUGCGGUCUCAGCAACAGCCACCGGCUGGCAUGGCAUAUGGACAACCACAGCAGCAGAACUUUGUGCAGCCGCAGCAACAAUCACCCCCUGGCAUGGGAUAUGCACAACCACAGCAGCAAUUUUUCCCACAGUCUCAGCAAGAGCCAAGCAUGGGAUAUGGGCAAGCACAGCAGCAGAACUUUGUGCAGUCUCAGCAACAGCCACCGGCUGGCAUGGCAUAUGGACAACCACAGCAGCAGAACUUUGUGCAGCCGCAGCAACAAUCACCCCCUGGCAUGGGAUAUGCACAACCACAGCAGCAAUUUUUCCCACAGUCUCAGCAAGAGCCAAGCAUGGGAUAUGGGCAAGCACAGCAGCAGAACUUUGUGCAGUCUCAGCAACAGCCACCGGCUGGCAUGGCAUAUGGACAACCACAGCAGCAGAACUUUGUGCAGCCGCAGCAACAAUCACCCCCUGGCAUGGGAUAUGCACAACCACAGCAGCAAUUUUUCCCACAGUCUCAGCAAGAGCCAAGCAUGGGAUAUGGGCAAGCACAGCAGCAGAACUUUGUGCAGUCUCAGCAACAGCCACCGGCUGGCAUGGCAUAUGGACAACCACAGCAGCAGAACUUUGUGCCUCAGCAACAACCACAACCAGCAAGAGCCAAGCAUGGUAUAUGGACAGCCGCAGCAGCAGAACUUUUGUGCCUCAGCAGCAACGACAGCAGCAAGAGCCAAGCAUGGGAUAUGGACAGCCGCAGCAGCAGAACUGUGUGCCUCAGCAACAACCACAGCAGCAAGCCAACAUGGGAUAGACACCCACAGCAACAGAACUUUUUCCUCAGCAACAACCACAGCAGCAAGAGCCAAGCAUGGAUAUGGACAGCGCAGCAGCAGAACUUUGUGCCUCAGCAAGCAAGAGCCAAGCACAGCAGCAAGAGCAACAAGCAUGGGAUAUGGACAGCCGCAGCAGCAGAACUUUGUGCCUCAGCAACAACGACAGCAGCAAGAGCCAAGCAUGGGAUAUGGACAGCCGCAGCAGCAGAACUUUGUGCCUCAGCAACAACCACAGCAGCAAGAGCCAAGCAUGGGAUAUGGACAGCCGCAGCAGCAGAACUUUGUGCUUUCUCAGCAACAGCCACCGGCUGGCAUGGGAUGUGGACAACCACAGAAGCAGAACUUUGUGCAGCCUCAGCAAGAACCACCGGCUGGCAUGGGAUGUGGACAGCCGCAGCAGCAGAACUUUGUGCAGCCUCAGCAACAACUUUGUGCAGCCUCAGCAACAAACGCCUUCUGAGAUAG